AUGGUAAAGUUAGUCAGAGAUUGACUACCACUAUCUCUUCAAGUUAUAAAUUUAAUUACUUAUUGUAAGACUAUGAUCAAGAGCGUUACAAUCGUAUCGCAACAGGUGAAAAAAGUUAGAUUUAUAUUAACGAAAAAAGUAACUUGAGUUUGUGAUAAGUCUUGGUGAUUUGAAAUCUGAUAUAAAGUGAUAUCUUGUCUAUAAAUUUAAGAUUAAUUCCAGUCGAGAUUACUAAUGUAAACUGAAAUUAAUUGAACAAACAGAUUAUUUAUAUACAUAGAAAAUCUUUUUGUUUUUUCUAAAUUUUAAAAAUGUCUGAGCACAUUGAGAAGCCGUUAACUUUUGGACGAAAUCCAUCCGUUGACAAAGCACAGAUUAAUACUUUUGAAAAGUUAAAACCUUCCGCUCCAGGAAUUGAAGAGUCUAGUGAACCUGAACCGAAAGAAACGGAUAAUAAUGGAUUUCUGUAUCGUAAAGUGUCCGGAAGUAAAAUUCACAAUGAUGAAAGUUUUGAUGUAAUAGAGCUUCACAGAACAUUUUCUCAAGAAGAAAGAGAUUUAAGAAGUGCUAUGAAUGAAAGAAAAGCUGUUGAUGUUGAAGUAGCUGAAGUAUUGACUGGAAAAUCAUUGGACCCGAAUCGUUAUGCGACGAAGAAAACGAUUGCUCAGGGAAUGCUGGAUAUUGCUUUGCUAACAGCUAAUGCAUCUCAGCUGAAGUACAUACUACAGGUCGGAAAGAAGCAUGAAUUUUAUACCUUAAUGCUUUCUCUCAUUUGUCUAUCAAUUGGACUUCAGGCUGUCGUCGGUAUUCUUUUCAUCAUCGUGGGUGGAUUGGAUAUCAAUCGACGUAGGGAUCAGUGGGCUGCUAAUAUUAUUAAUGACAUCAUUUUAAUUGCGGUUUUCGUCAUCAGUCUGAUUAAUGUUGUUAUUUCUGGUUUUGGUAUGGAAUUCAGUAAUAAACCACCAAAUGAACUCGUUGCAUACAGUAAAAAAGCUUUAGAUACUGAUGAAUCAGAAUGAAUAAUAGAAACAAAGCUUUAUUUAUUUAUAUUUCAUUUUUUAAUUUAUUUCUUUCAUUCAGUUAUAAUUUUAUUUAUUUUUAUAGUUAUAAUUAUAGAACUGUUUCAUAAUUUAUGUGAUAUAUUGCUCAGAUAUUUUUUUAAGACUGCAUUAAUUAAUAUUUAUUUUAGAAACAUUGUCAAUUCUUUAGUUUAUAAUUUAUUUUUAUUUUUUUUUCUGUUUAUGCACGUUU